UUCAAGGGUGUGCUGGCGGGGGUGCCCGAGGGCCCGGCGGGUGCGGGCUACUGCGUGGUGACACACUUCCGGCUGCUUGGCUGCGGAGUGCUGGGGCGCAUGCGUGUGAGGGGCCUGUACGAGCUAGAUGAGGGGGACCCAGCCAGGAUGUGGGUGACGUUUGUGGGGUUCUCGCUGGAGCCCGUGUCCCCGGAUGCGGGUUCCCUGGAGCUGUGGCGGGGGGCGCUGGCGGCGCACAACCCGAGCAUGGAUGAGCGCGGCGUGAUCGAUGUCACGUUUGAAAACCGCAAUCGGUACGGCAUGCGCUACGUCCUGAUGGAUCCGGAGCUUCAGCUGGCGCUAGGCAACUCGGGCGCCCUCACCACCAUGCAGCGUGUGCCGUUUGGCGGCAGCGAGAGCAGCGAGUCACAGUAACCAUGGCAGUAUUUAAGCAUUGUAGGGACCAGGGGACAGUCGUCUUGUCGGGCGUGGCUGCAGUGGCGAGAUUGUACCGGGUAGUCAUUGUAGUGCCCUAAAACCUUUUGCUACAAUCUGCGUUACCGGUACUUUUGGUGUGGAAUUGCCUCGUACGCCAGGGUUGUCCUGGACUCUUGGUCCACAGCUACCUGCUGAUGCCUCGCAUGCUCCUCACGGCUGCCGUACGGUUAUGGUACCUUGCAUACGGGACGCGGGUGCGCACACGGCAGCACAAUCGCUGGAUGUUACACCAAUGCUGGUACAACGGCAUUUAAGCCGAGACCACACGCGGGGCGGCGCUGACCCCGUAGCAUUGCAAUGCUUCAAGUGCUGACAUGUGCGUGGCCUCGAGUCGUAAUUCUCACAUAGAGUCGAAAUCACAGGUCAUUGGCCUACGGCUCUUGGUUCACGGAAGAGGGACAUUCCUGUCCUUUUAGGUGUACAAGGUUCUCGCCAAACCGUUCGCAUGGCAUGCUGGCCUAAAGGGCCUGGGGCACAAACACAGGAGAGGUGUUGGCCCGCAGCCGAUUUGCCGGGGUUGCAGUUCAGGGCGCCUACUGCAACACCACCAGGUCAUCACCACCGUUUGUAAACCGCCUCUGUCCGACACAUGACUCCUGGCAGCGUCGCACUGUCGCUUUGCCGGUAGCUAUUACAGCAGCGUCCCAGUUCCCAGCAGCCGCUGUAGCCGCUCUUGCAGGUUCGACGAUGCAUUGGACGCCGAUUCGGAGAAGGCGGGGGAGUAGGGCGGCGCGC